UCGGGAGCUCAAAAGUCCAAAUGUAAUUCGCUUUUCAAAACCCUUCAAGUUCAAACCAAAAGAGGAAGAAGAUUUCACCUAAUAUUAUAUCAUGUUGAUUCCUGUUCUUUUGAAUUUUUGCCAGCCACUUCAAGGUUUAACUAAAUCUAAACAGGGGAGCCCAUCCUUAUCCAUGUAGAUCAGUGGUUAUCAUCGCUUUCUAGACGUCUCGCUGGUGGGGUGCUCUGCGGGGAGGAAGUGAUGCAUGGGAAUAUUCCCUUAAUGUCCACAUAAGGGCGAAACACAAUGAAACUGUAAGCCUUUCGUACUGGUUCAUCUGAGUUGUUUGAUUUAGCAGUCAAUUUAAAGUAGAAGUCAGUCGUUUAUGGCGGUUGUUUGCAAACCAGGUGCGUUCUUAUCAGGCGAAAGUCAACUGAAACGCUCGGUUUUGUUUUUGAUGCUGACUAGCUAACGUUAGCUGGCUAUCUUUUUAGCUAUGUGGGGAUGUUUGUUUGUGUCGUGUCCUAAGAUAGCAAGCUAACGUUUUGUUUUACUAGCUAAUGUUAUUGGAGUGAUGUACGCGAUUUUCUAGACAAUCAUUUAUUUUUAAAAGCAAGUAAACAAACUGAAUCUACAUGUGGGAGAAUGCUUAUGGUGACAAGAUGGUGUGUGUCAUACAGCAUUGCGGUCACUACAAUGGAGCAGAAAAAGAUGACACCUUCAUCUAGAGUGGUCAAUGCAUUCUGAGGAAGUGUCUGGCCCAAGGGCAUGUUGAGACGUCUCACCAGGCCAGAGCAGAGGCGUCUAGGUGGGGCAGGCAGGGCCUGAAGGAGGGGUGGACAGACCGUGAGAACCAAAGCGAGCGACAUGGGCCAGUGUGUCACCAAGUGUAAGAACCCAUCGUCCUCGCUCGGGAGCAAGAGUGGCGACAAGGAGCCUGGGUCCAAGUCCCACCACAAGAAAUGCGGGGGCACGGGAGGCAGUGGGGGAGGAGGACACAAGGAGGAGCCCAGCUCCCUGAGCAGCAAGGCCUCCAGUGAGCUCAUGUUCAAUGGCACCAAGAAUGCCUUGGAGGUUACCGUGGAGACCACGAUGAUCCCCACAUCGGCCAUGAUGGGGGACCUGAGGAAUGAGGAGCACUCGGUGACAGAUGGGGAGGGGCCGUCCUUGCUGCGCAUCGAGGAGCUUUUCUGCUGCUACAAGGACCCGCAAGAGGAGUCUAUCUUGGAGGAGGGCAUGGAGAGGUUCUGCAACGACCUGUACGUGGACCCCGCCGAGUUCCGUGUGCUGGUCCUCGCUUGGAAGUUUCAGGCUGCCACCAUGUGCAAGUUUACAAGGAAGGAGUUUGUAGACGGAUGCAGGGCGAUCAAGGCAGACAGUCUCGAGGGCAUCUGCUCCCGGUUCCCCUUCAUGCUGCUGGAGGCGCAGGGCGAGGAGAACUUCAAGGAGCUGUACCGCUUCACCUUCCAGUUCGGCCUGGACGCUGAUGAAGGCCAGCGCUCGCUGCAGCGUGACAUUGCCAUUGCGCUGUGGCGCUUGGUCUUCACGCAGGACACGCCAGCCAUCCUCGAGCACUGGCUGGAGUUCCUGGGCGAGAACCCGUCAGGUGUGCGGGGCAUCUCGCGGGACACCUGGAACAUGUUCCUCAACUUCACGCAGGCCAUCGGGCCGGACCUGAGCAACUACAGCGAGGACGAGGCCUGGCCAAGCCUCUUUGACACCUUUGUAGAGUGGGAGAUGGAGCGCAGGAGAAAAGAAGAGCAGUUAAAGAGGGCAGAGGAGGAGGACAGGGGAUGCACUGAGACAGAUGAGAGCUCUCCCUCCAGUACAGACAGACUUGAAACAGAGGGUGGACGGGGCUCACAGACCUGGGGGGGGCAAUGACUAUAGAAUUCUGGGAAGGGAGGUUGGGGUGGGCGGAGUCUGACCUAAGUGAACUGUACAUCUGUGAAUCAUUGGAUGACAAAUUGGUAUUACUGUUAUUCCUCUCUCCUUUUCUGUUGGGGUGGUCUGGGAUUCGCUUCCACCCUGCUUUAUUUCUGGUUAAUGAAAGGGCUCAAAUAACUAUUGUUUUAGCACUGCUAUUUAAGUUAUUUGUUUUAUUUUUUCUUUAAUAUGUGUUUUAGGUAAUUUGGACUUGUGGUCCAUUUGAAUCUUUCCCCACCCUCCCUAAACUCACGAAACAAGCUCAGUAUAUAAGGUUGCUUUAAAAGCCAGGUGCCAGAAAGCCAUACCCCAAGUCUCAUAUUUUUACAGCUUACAUUGACCUGGAAACACUGGUGAUUUGACCUCUCACCCAAAGACGCAGGCCUAUUAAAUUCUCAUAUUACAUUAAGGGAAAUCUAGUUGUCUGCAAAUAACACCUUCUUACCAGAGCCUGAGCUUUACCUUUUGGGGUCAGUGAAAUCAACUUGAUUUUAAGUAAUGCUUUUAUUCUGGAACAAUAUUUGAGUGUGGAUGAAUUGGCUUGUGUUUUGAAAUGUGCACUAUUUAAAGGGUUCUUCUUGGCCUAUCUAUUGCCUGUAGUUGUGAUGGCCAACCAUGAUUUGUUCAAAGAUGUGGUCGUACUCAAGCGUGCUUAAUGUCCUAAGACUGAGUAAUGUCCUAAAGUAAAGAUUUAUUUGACAGUGACAAUACCAAUUUCUUCCUAGAAUUUUUAUUUUAUUUAUCUAAAAUUAGUGUUUAGUGCAUUCGGAAAGUAUUCAGACCCCAUCACUUUUUCCACAUUUUGUUACAUUUUGCCUUAUUCUAAAAUUAAUUAAGUUAAUUUAUUUCCUCAUAAUGACAAAGCGAAAAACGUUGUAGAAAUUUUAGCAAUUUGAUUACAAAUAAACAAAUGCCUUAUUUACAUAAGUAUUCAGACCCUUUGCUAUGAGACUCGAAAUUGAGCUCAGGUGCAUCCUGUUCCAUUGAUCAUCUUUGAGAUGUUUCUACAACUUGAUUGGAGUCCACCUGUGGUAAAUUCAAUUGCUUGGACAUGAUUUGGAAAGGCACACACCUGUCUAUGUAACGUCCCACAGUUGACAGUGCAUGUCAGAGCAAAAACCAAGCCAUGAGGUCGAAGGAAUUUUCCAUAGAGCCCCGAGCCAGGUUUGUGUCAAGAUCUGUGUCACAGAUCUGGGGAAGGGUACCAAAAAAUGUAUCCUGCAUUGAAGGUCCCCAAGAACACAUGGCCUCCUCCAUUCUUAAAUGGAAGAUGUUUGGAACCACCAAGUCUUCCUACUGCUGGCUGCUC